AUGCCACAAACCAGGGGAAGGAAGACGCAGGAAAGGAAACGAGCAAGCACCCCAGCGUACGCGUCAAGCAUAGAUCAGGGCAGAGGCGGCAGUCAGGACUGGAGCAGAGACGGCAGUCAGGACUCUGGGCGUUCCUCUAGACAGGCAAGUAGCUCUACAGGUUCAGAUAAAGGUUCAAACGCUUCGUCGGAUCCGGAAUCGCUGGGCGGAUCGUUGGGCGCGGGUUCGGCCAGAUCCAGGACAUCGGCCAGGUCCAGGGGAUCGCUUCGAAGCCCACGGGGCAAAGCAGCCAAUCGGUCCAACAACCGGGGUUUGUCCCAUACCGCUCAAAAGGAAAUUCUUGAAGACUUGGAAGAGGCUGGAGGCAUCAAGUUUGUCUUAUCACAGACGCACGGAAUCAAAGAUCUCGUGGGGCAGCUAAUUGAUGAAGACGAGGAAAAGCAGCAUCUCUACGGAGUUGAUCGUACAUCUCCAGCUCGAGUCAAGGCUGUGAACAAGAUACGAUUCUGGGGUCGCCUGCCUGAUCAGGAAUACAAGGAACUUCUCGAAGAAUUCGGGAUUCUAUCAGCCAAAGGUCGUGGGACGUUCAAAAACCCAGAGGAGGUCGAGGCGAUUGAGAAGAAAGUCACCAAGAGAACCAGGAAGGCAAAGGCAGCACCAAAGAAGACUGCACCAAAGAAGGCUGAGAAGCCCCCCCCAUCAUUUGUGGACGUGCCCAGCAGUGAAAAGGAGACACCAGCUUCAAGUUUCCAAGUUCCAGGAGCCCCUACAGUCCCCAUUCCGGUUCAUACUGGCACGAGAGCAAGGAGAGAGCAGCAAAACAUCCCGCCUACACCUGCGCCUGCACCAUUCAUCAUCAGAAGUGUACCAAAAGGAGGCCUCUACAGAGACCCAAAACCGAUCAUCCCAAGUAGCAGUGACGAAGAGGAUCAGGGACCAGUCAAAAAGCAACCAAGCAAGAUGCCAACCUUAGAUCCCGACCUGCCCAUUGAGGACAUCCCUGUGGAUCCACACCUCCUAGAAGGAACGUCCUCUCCAUUCAAGGUUACCACAAUCAAAGGUUUGGUCGAUGUUAAGAAGGGAGCAGCAAAGCUGCAUUUUGGCUACCUAGUUACCAUGAAAGUAGACCCUCGUGAUGCUCUAGGAGUGCCAGAUCUAGACCCCCCCUUGGCUGCCUUUCCUUUUAAAGCUUUCAUAAUGCCGGGUGAGAAGAAUGUGUUGAUUGUUGAGGCUCCUCUGGUGGAGUAUAGUGAACGUGGUGGAGAUGACGAAGAUCUCCGUACCUUGCUCAGGAAGCGCGAAGGUACUCUUCCCAUCAUGGACAGCCUUGACAACGCUAGGAAGAACUUUGAACAGCGCCAUGGAUUGGUUCAUGAUGAGGAGGAAGAAGUCCACCAGUCCGAGGAGAACCCAUACAAAGUUCCCAAGAAAUACUACAAGCUGGCAUUCUCAGCUGGCGUGAAAUUAUCUUCUAAGGAACUGCUUAUUCACGAAGGAAAACGUCCUGGGGAAUUGAAGCUGGAAGGAAUGACGGUCUACACCAAACUUGCUAAGGUGAAGAAUCGCGCCUACAGUGUUCACAAAAUCUACUGGAGGAUUGCGGAUGCCAGCAUCAGCCUGACUUAUCUGGAGCCACUGUGCUGCCAAAGGUCCGACAAACAACUGAAGCUGAGGAUGCUUUGUUGGAGGGACUUGACGAUAUACCGAGUUGAGUGA